AUGAAAAUUAAAGAAAGAUCCGGGGAAGAUCAAAAUUUGAGUGAUAUGAACAGUCUCAGUAUUUCCGACAAGAUUGGGUUUGCCUCAGCUUCUACCACAACCUUUCAGAUAAGUGAGCCUCAAGGCCAGAGGAAGCCAUCCACAUGCUGUGCUCGAACGGCCCUUGGCAUCUACCUGCUACUGCUGACGGCCGGCCAGGGGCUGCUGGUGUACAAAGUGUUUAAGAUGGAGAGAGAGAUAUUGAAAUUUCAGGAACAAAAUACCUCCUAUACAGAAGAGAUUCUGAAGAGCUCCUUUGCCAACGGUCUGAUUUCGGAGAGAAGCUCUGCUGAGUACUUGGGACAGGAAGAAAACUGGAGGAGAAGCUUGGAAGAGGAAAUUACCAUAAUCAAAAGCAGCAAUGCAAACCUGAUGAUGAUGGUGAGCAACAUCACCCUGGUUGCAGGUCCUCCUGGACGCAAAGGAGAUCCUGGUCCCCCAGGGCUACGGGGACCACCGGGGACAAAGGGAGACCAAGGAAUCCAGGGCUUACAUGGACCGCAGGGCGAGAAGGGGAGCAAAGGAGCUCCUGGUCCUGCUGGUUCAAGUGGUGUGCCAGGAGUGAAAGGAGAAAAAGGACAGAUGGGACUUCCAGGUGUCCAAGGACAGAAAGGUGACACAGGCAAGAAGGGAGACCCUGGGUCACAUGGACCCACAGGUCCUCAGGGACAACAGGGAGUCCCAGGACUGCCAGGUUUCAAUGGUACCACGGGGAAGCCUGGACCUCCUGGGCAGAAAGGAGAGGCAGGUGUACCUGGACAGCCUGGAACUGUGGGAAGUCCUGGCCCUGAAGGCAGAUCUGGUCAGAAAGGGGAGAAGGGGGACCAGGGGCCCAAAGGUAGCCCAGGAAUAGCAGGCACUGAUGGACUCAGAGGUGAAAAAGGAGAACAAGGAGUAAGAGGUCUUCCAGGGCAAAAGGGAGAAAAGGGAGACCAGGGCCCAAAAGGCAUCCAAGGCCUACCUGGUCAAAAAGGAAGCAAAGGUGAUUCUGGCACUCAGGGUCAAAAAGGAGAACUGGGACCAAAAGGAGCCAAGGGAGACCGAGGAUUGUCUGGUUCCCCAGGACCAAAAGGGAGCAAAGGUGAAAAGGGAGAAGCCGACUCCAAUCAUAUACGGAUCGUGGGAGGAAGCAGGAGGGGCCGUGUGGAAGUCUUAUACCAAGGGAUCUGGGGAACAAUAUGUGAUGAUCACUGGACCUUGCAAGAGGCUGCUGUAGUCUGCCGAAUGCUGGGAUUCAGCCGUGCAGUCUCUGCUUUCACAGCUGGUGGAGGCACUGGAACAAUUUGGCUUGACGAAGUAAAUUGCAGUGGGUCUGAAAGUUCAAUUAUCUACUGUUCAAAGAACAGCUGGGGUUCACACAACUGCGGCCACAGCGAGGAUGCUGGAGUGGAGUGCAGUUGA